CCUGCCCCGCUUGCCUCCUCAUCCUGCAUUUGCAACGAUUCGCAACGUCAAACGCCGGAGCAUUGAACAUGCGAAAUUCUCUGCAACGAUGACUGAUAUGUCGGAAACGUAUUUCGACCCCGAUGGGGAUCUUCGUCUUGAAGUCGGCCCGGACAAGGCUAACUGUGUGGUCUGCUCACGAACCCUGUCUCGGGCGUCCGCCGUCUGGAAGAAAAUGCUCAACGGGCCGUUCCUGGAAUCGAGGCCGAGAGAUGGGGAAUGGAUUGUUGAAUUACCCGAAGAUGACUACAAGGCACUUACUCUGGUGCUCAACAUCCUCCACUUUCGUUUCGAUAGAAUUCCCGAUCCCACUACGCUUACGGUUGACGAGCUUUUCAACCUUACAAUACUGACGGAUAAAUACGAUCUCGCUCAUCUAUUGCGGCCUUGGGUCCGACCUUUGUCUGGGUCUCUGCUCUCACAAGACCAUGAUUUACGACUCCUAUGGAUUGCAUGGGAGUUGGGGCAUAUGCGGCUCUUCCGGGACAUCGCAGAACGUGUGCUGUCUUCCGCGUUUCUUGAUCAAACGGGCUCGCUGUGUUACCAGACUGCAGGGCCCCUGAAGUCGUAUGAUUAUAUCAAUGCCCUCGGGAUUCUUGACGGCAUCGAAAAGACUCGAGCAACACGCACCGCGGACAUGGUGGAAUGCCUACGAGUACUCUAUCAGAGAUUUAUCGACGGCAACCCUGGAGCUUCAGGAAUUUGCAAGCACGCCAAAAGACUGGGUCAAGUCAGAGCAAGUGACAAUAAUGCUAAUACAAAUGGAAAUCCACGACACAUACAUAGAGGCGCGUAACAGCAGACUCUGCGAGACGUAUCUCUUCGGCACAUUCGUGCGAGCGCUGUCCAGAGAGGGACUGCUUCCCCUCGUCGUAUCUGGCCAUGAAUACCGGGACAGCGUGGCAAACCUGCGUUACAAGAUACAUAAGGUGCGGGAGGGGGUUU